AUGUCCCUGGGCCCAGCACCUUGGAGGGAGGGAGAGGCUGAGAAGAGUCCGCUCGUGGGAGGUUCUGGCAGGUGUUCUGGCCGCGUCGAGGUGUACUUCGAAGGCGUGUGGUGCACGGUGUGUGACGACCUUUGGGACGAGAAGGAAGCACAGGCAGUGUGCCGGCAGCUGGGCUGCGGGUCAGCCGUGUCCGCCCCCGGAGAGGCCCACUUCGGCCAGGGCUCCGGCCCCAUCCUUCUGGACGACGUGCAGUGUUCUGGGACCGAGGCCUACCUGGGACAGUGCUCCCACGCCGGCUGGUUCACCCACAACUGCGGGCAUGGGGAAGAUGCUGGUGUCACCUGCUCGGACUGGCCACAACUACAGCUAGUGAAUGGGUCAGGCAGAUGUUCUGGACGUGUGGAAGUUUUCUACCAUGGCCAGUGGGGCAGGGUUUGCGAUGAUCACUGGGACAUGAACGAAGCUGAUGUGGUGUGCCGGCAGCUGAACUGUGGGCGUGCCCUCGCAGCCCCAGUUGAGGCCCACUUUGGAGAAGGGGAGGGCAAGUUUCUGCUGGAUGAUGUGGAUUGCACAGGAAGAGAGAGUUUCCUGGGACAGUGUCCUCAUACCGACUGGUCUCUCCAUAACUGCGGUCCUGGAGAAGACGCCAGUGUCAUCUGCUCAGGUAAUGAAGACUGGGCCGUGGUGAGGCUGGUAAAUGGCACCAGAAGAUGCUCUGGAAGGGUGGAAGUCUUCUACCACGGCACCUGGGGGUCGGUGUGUGAUGACGGCUGGGGUCUAAAGGAGGCUCAUGUUGUGUGCAGGCAGCUUGGGUGCGGCCAGGCAGUGUCUGCCCCCCUGGGUGCCCACUUUGGCCCAGGCUCUGGAAAGAUUCUCCUGGAUAACGUGCACUGCAGUGGUGAGGAGAGCCACCUGGCCCUGUGUGCCCACGAUACCUGGUUCACUCACAACUGUGGGCAUGAGGAAGAUGCUGGAGCCAUCUGCUCAGACACUAUCUCCAGUCUCUGUCUUCCUCGUAUCUCCCCAGGAGCCUUCGUGGCCGUGAGGCUGGUAAAUGGCACAGGGAGGUGCUCGGGCCGAGUGGAGGUUCUCAUCCAAGGCACGUGGGGGACCGUGUGUGAUGACCUCUGGGACCUGGCCGAGGCCACAGUCGUGUGCCGCCAGCUACAGUGUGGCCAGGCCAUGGCGGCACCCACGGGGGCCCACUUCGGGGCAGGCUCCGGGAAGAUCGUGCUUGAUGAUGUGCAGUGUGUGGGCAGCGAGAGCCAUCUGGGGCAGUGCACGCACAGGGGUGAGGCCAGACACAACUGCAGGCAUCUGGAGGAUGCUGGUGUCAUCUGCAGAGGCAAUAGAGCUUCCAUGACUGUGAGGCUGGUGAAUGGCACAGGGAGGUGCUCGGGCCGAGUGGAGGUUCUCGUCCAGGGCACAUGGGGGACCGUGUGUGAUGACUUCUGGGACCUGGCCGAGGCCACAGUCGUGUGCCGCCAGCUGCAGUGUGGCCAGGCCGUGGCGGCACCCACGGGGGCCCACUUCGGGGCAGGCUCUGGGAAGAUUUUGCUGGACGACGUGCAGUGUGCGGGCGGCGAGAGUCACCUGGGGCAGUGCACGCACAGGGUUGAGGCCGGGCACAACUGCGGGCACCUGGAGGAUGCUGGUGUCGUCUGCACAGCGAGUGGCCAUCACCCCUUGACCCCUGGUUCCUCCCCAGGAGGCUGGGCCCCUGUGCGGCUGGUAGGUGGCCACGGGAGGUGUGCAGGCCGCGUGGAACUCUUCUACCGGGGAGUCUGGGGGACCGUGUGUGAUGACCUCUGGGAUCUGUCAGAAGCAAACAUCAUCUGCAGGCAGCUGGGGUGUGGCUGGGCCAUUUCAGCCCCAGGUGAGGCCCACUUUGGGGAAGGAUCUGGGAAAAUCCUCCUUGACAAUGUGCGCUGCAGGGGGGAUGAACAGCACCUGGAGGAGUGCUCCCACAUCGGCUGGCUUUCCCACAACUGUGGGCACGGAGAAGAUGCCGGCGUGAUCUGUUCAGGCCAAGAGGCAGCCAUUUACCUGAGGCUGGUGGGCGGCUCAGGUCGGUGCUCAGGACGCGUGGAGGUCCUCCACCAGGAGGCCUGGGGCACCGUGUGUGAUGACCUCUGGGACCUCAAUGAAGCCGAGGUUGUGUGCCGACAGCUGGGGUGUGGACGGGCCGUGUCCGCCCUUGGGAAAGCCCACUUUGGUCCGGGCUCUGGAGACAUCUUCCUGGACAACCUUCAGUGCUCCGGGGUGGAGCGCUCCCUGGGUCAGUGUGCCCACUCGGGCUGGUCGGAGCACAACUGUGGCCACCACGAAGACGCCAGUGUCAUCUGCUCAGGGGACUGGCCAGACCUGAGGCUGGUGGGCGGCUCAGGUCGGUGCUCAGGACGUGUGGAGGUCCUCCACCAGGAGGCCUGGGGCACUGUGUGUGACGACCUUUGGGAUCUCAAUGAAGCUGAGGUUGUGUGCCGACAGCUGGGGUGUGGAUGGGCUGUGUCCGCCCUUGGGAAGGCCCACUUUGGCCCCGGCUCUGGAGACAUCUUCCUGGACAAUGUACAGUGCUCUGGGAUGGAGCGCUCCCUGGGUCAGUGCACCCACUUGGGCUGGUCGGAGCACAACUGUGGCCACCACGAGGACGCCGGUGUCAUCUGCUCAGAAAGCUACCCAACAGACAUCCAGUGCGUUUGGGAGAUUCAUGUGGAUAAAAAAUUCCGCAUAGAACUCAUGAUUCCAACUCUGAACCUAGAGGAUAUCCUUGGAUGCCCUUACGACUCCGUUGAAAUCUUCGAUGGCCCCCGGAUCGCCUCACUGUCCAUGGGGAAGUUCUGUGCCUCAGUAGCUCUGAUAUUUUUCUCCUCCUCAGACAUCAUGACAGUGGUCUUCCGAAGUGAUUCUAUGAUCACCAACACUGGCUUUUAUGCUAUGUUCAACGUGAUUCCACAAGGCGAAAGAGAGUCAGGUAGCAAACUUCAAGAAGUCAUAGACACCCUGGUGGCCCAGGUGCCUUCAGGGGAUAAAUCUACCCUCAUCCAAGUCAUGUCCAAAAAUGCAACUGGGGACCCAUUUCCCCAGGAUCCCAGUACUGUGUCAGAGAACCACACAGGGGCCUGGGGCACCGUAUGUGAUGACCUCUGGGACCUCAAUGAAGCCAAGGUCGUGUGCCGACAGCUGGGGUGUGGACGGGCCAUUGCAGCCCCUGGAAAGGCUCACUUUGGCCCGGGCUCUGGAAACAUCCUCCUGGAUAACAUUCAGUGUUCGGGAAGCGAGAACCACCUUGGCCAGUGCCUCAGCUCCGGGUGGUCAGACCACAAUUGUGGCCACCAUGAAGACGCCGGUGUCAUCUGCUCAGGAGGAAGUAACUCUUGUGGAGGAGUCAUUUCUGGUCUCUCAGGCUCCUUCUCCAGUCCUUGGUAUCCAACAAACUACCCCACCGACGUGGAGUGUAUCUGGGUGGUACACGUGGCUGAGAAGUUCCACAUAGAACUGGUGAUCCCAAGCCUGAAAUUAGAAGACAUCUACGGGUGCCCUUAUGACUUUGUUGAAGUGUUCGACGGACGGCAAGUUGCCUCACUCUCCAAGGGCAGAUUUUGUGCUGGGGCAGAGCUCACCUUCCUCUCCUCUUCAAACAUCAUGACUGUGGUGUUCAGAAGUGAUGCCAUGAUCACCAACACAGGGUUUUAUGCUCUGUAUAAUGCCAUUCAACAAGAUGAAAGGGAGAGUGGUGCAUCCCUGAGACUGGUGAAUGGCAGUCACAGGUGUGAGGGCCGGGUGGAGGUCUUCUACAACGGCACCUGGGGCACAGUGUGUGAUGACAGCUGGGACAUAACAGACGCCAGGGUGGUGUGCCAACAGCUUGGCUGUGGUGAGGCCUUGUCAGCCCCAGCUCAGAGCUACUUUGAUGGAGGCACUGGCCACAUCAUGCUGGAUGAUAUGCAGUGCAUGGGGAACGAAGCCAGGCUGUGGCAAUGCACACACAAUGGAUGGUUCUCCCACAACUGCGGGCACCAUGAGGAUGCCAGCGCCAUCUGCUCAGUAUUCACCUCCUCCUCAAAUCGCUUGACGGUGGUCUUCCACAGCGACGCUAUUGUCACCAACAUGGGCUUUUUUGCAUCCUAUGAGUCUCUUGUGCAAGACGAGAACAAUACCGAUGUGGCCCUCAGGCUGGCCGGAGGCAGCCACCGGUGCGAGGGUCGCGUGGAGCUGCACUACAAUGGCACCUGGGGGACCGUGUGUGACGACAGCUGGGACCCGCGUGACGCGCAGGUGGUGUGCAGGCAGCUGGCCUGCGGCAGGGCGGUGUCGGCCCCCGGCAGGGCGCAUUUCCACCAAGGCGUGGGCCCCAUUGCUCUGGACGACGUGGAGUGCGUGGGGACGGAAGCCAGGCUGUGGCAGUGCCUGCACAGCGGCUGGUUCUCCCACAACUGCGGCCACCACGAGGAUGCCGGCGUCAUCUGCUCAGCCUCUCUGCCUUACCCAACACCAUCAGCUGCUGGGAGUUACCCAACUUCAGCAUCUUUCCCAAAGCCGGCAGAAGUGCCCACGUCAGCAGAUCUGCCGGUGGUGAGGCUGGCGGCAGGGAGCAGCAGGUGCGAGGGCCGCGUGGAGAUCCUCUACAACGGCACCUGGGGGACCGUGUGCGACGACCUCUGGGACCUGCCGGCCGCACGGGUGGUGUGCCGGCAGCUGGGCUGCGGAAUGGCACUGGCGGCCCCGAGGAGCAGUCUGUUUGGUGAUGGCUCGGGCCCCAUCUUCCUGGACGAUGUGCGCUGCAUGGGCGAUGAGACCAGCCUGGGGCAGUGCACCCACCGUGGCCUGUUGGUCCAUAACUGUGGUCACCACGAGGAUGCCGGAGCCGUCUGCUCAGGUACCUGAACUCCCCCUAGACUGGGUUCCCUCCUCUGCCAGGCAGGCCGAUCCUAAAGGCUUGGGGUUCCAGGUCAUGAAAACAGCUUGUCCCGGUUUGCCUGGAAUUUUCCCAUUUGGAGCACAGAGAGACCCAUGUCUCAGGAACCCCCUCAGAU